AUGGGCUCCUCGACCACCGACUCGCCGUCGCCGCAGCCGCAGACGUUCGUGUCGUCGAUGACGUCCGUGCUCACGCGCAUGGAGUCGGGCGAGUCGGAACCGCCGGCCACCUCGCGCUCGGCCUCCACCUCGCACCUGCCGCUGCGCAGCACCUCCAUAUCGUCGCUCAACUCGUCCGAGUCGUACCCGAGCCAGGAGCAGCCGUCGCACUUCUCGCUGAGGUCGCACCACUCGCACCACUCGGUUCGCUCACUAGGCGGGGCGUCGCAGCAGCUGUCGCUCUCGGCGCUGCUGCCCCAGCCGGGCAUGUCGCCGCCGCUCGACGAGUGGCCACUGACCGGGACAGUCCGCUGA